AAAAAGCUUUCAUUUUUACUCUUUUCAGUUUUCCCAUUCCAGCACUUACUCGCUUCGCUUCACCGCUACUAGGGUUCGCUUCGCCCCUCUUUCCAUUUUCUGUACAAUUCUCUCUUCAGAUGUGUGCCUAUGAUAAAGGAAGAACUUGAGUAGUGAAGAUCUUUGGAAGGAACUAAAGAAAUAAAAUUUUGGUGAUAUUGUUGAUUAGUUGUUUUGGAUUGAGAUCCAAUGGCAUGGUUUAGAGCUGGAGCCAGCAUUGCAAAGCAUGCAAUUAGGAGGACCCUUUCUCAGGGUAGAUCCUCGUAUCUGGUGUCAAGGGCUAGGGUCUUCCCAUCAUCACAAGCACCACCAUCAUCACAGGGUAGAGGAUUCCACACCACUUUUUUCAAGUCCAAGGAGCAAGCUGCACCUGUACCCCGUGCUGUGCCCCUUUCAAGGUUGACCGAUAGCUUCUUGGAUGGGACAAGCAGCGUGUACUUGGAGGAGCUUCAGAGAGCUUGGGAGGCUGAUCCCAACAGUGUUGAUGAGUCAUGGGACAAUUUCUUUAGGAACUUUGUGGGUCAAGCUGCCACAUCGCCUGGGAUUUCUGGCCAAACAAUUCAGGAGAGUAUGAGAUUGUUGUUGCUGGUGAGGGCAUACCAGGUGAAUGGCCAUAUGAAGGCCAAAUUGGACCCUUUGGCUUUGGAGGAGAGAGAAAUCCCUGAUGAUUUGGACCCUGCCCUUUACGGUUUUACUGAGGCUGAUCUCGAUAGGGAAUUCUUCUUGGGGGUGUGGAGGAUGUCUGGCUUUUUGUCCGAGAAUCGUCCUGUGCAAACCCUUAGGUCCAUUCUGACACGGCUAGAGCAGGCUUAUUGUGGAAGCAUUGGAUAUGAGUAUAUGCACAUUGCAGACCGCAACAAGUGUAAUUGGCUAAGGGAGAAGAUUGAAACCCCUACCCCUACACAGUAUAACCGGGAGCGCCGUGAGGUUAUUUUCGAUAGGCUUGCUUGGAGUACACUGUUUGAGAACUUCUUAGCCACCAAGUGGACUUCAGCAAAGAGGUUUGGACUUGAAGGAGGUGAGACACUUAUUCCAGGCAUGAAAGAGAUGUUCGAUCGUGCUUCUGAUCUUGGGGUUGAGAGCAUAGUUAUAGGAAUGGCACAUCGUGGAAGACUGAAUGUUUUGGGUAAUGUUGUUCGCAAGCCACUCCGUCAAAUCUUUUGUGAGUUUAGUGGUGGUCAUCAGCCUGAGGAUGAAGUUGGGCUUUACACAGGAACUGGUGAUGUUAAGUAUCACUUAGGAACGUCUUAUGAUCGCCCUACACGUGGUGGCGGGAGGAUACAUUUGUCUUUAGUGGCAAAUCCUAGUCACUUGGAAGCUGUCAACCCUGUUGUUGUUGGGAAAACUCGAGCAAAGCAGUACUACUCAAAUGAUGUGGACCGAACAAAAAACAUGGGUAUAUUGAUUCAUGGAGAUGGUAGUUUUGCUGGACAGGGUGUCGUCUAUGAAACCCUGCAUCUUAGUGCUCUUCCAAAUUAUACUACUGGUGGAACUAUACAUAUUGUCUUCAACAAUCAAGUUGCAUUUACAACUGAUCCAAUGUCUGGCAGGUCUUCACAGUAUUGCACUGACGUUGCCAAGGCUUUAGAUGCUCCCAUCUUUCAUGUGAAUGGUGAUGAUGUGGAAGCAGUUGUGCAUGCCUGUGAACUUGCAGCUGAGUGGCGCCAGACUUUCCAUUCAGAUGUGGUUGUCGACUUAGUGUGCUACCGUCGAUUUGGUCACAAUGAGAUUGAUGAACCAUCUUUCACGCAGCCUAAGAUGUAUAAGGUCAUCCGCAGCCAUCCUUCAGCCCUUGAGAUCUAUCAGAAGAAACUACUGGAAACUGGGGAGGUGACAAAAGAGGACAUUGAUAGAAUAAACAAAAAAGUCACUUCAAUUCUAAAUGAAGAAUUUUCAGCUAGUAAAGAUUACAUUCCAAAACGAAGGGAUUGGCUUUCAGCGUAUUGGCUAGGUUUCAAGUCACCUGAGCAGAUUUCACGUAUCCGAAAUACUGGUGUGAAACCAGAAAUUUUGAAGAAUGUUGGGAAAGCAAUCACAACCAUCCCGGAGAAUUUCACACCUCAUAAAGCAGUGAAGAGGAUUUAUGAGCAGCGUGCCCAAAUGAUUGAAACAGGGGAAGAUAUUGACUGGGGUUUUGCAGAAGCACUUGCUUUUGCUACAUUAGUAGUUGAAGGCAAUCAUGUUCGAUUAAGUGGUCAGGAUGUUGAAAGAGGAACUUUCAGUCACCGCCAUGCUGUAGUCCAUGAUCAGACAACAGGGGAGAAAUAUUGCCCCCUUGACCAUAUUGUCAUGAACCAAAAUGAAGAGAUGUUCACUGUCAGCAACAGUUCACUUUCCGAGUUUGGUGUUCUUGGAUUUGAAUUGGGUUACUCCAUGGAAAAUCCAAAUUCACUGGUGAUCUGGGAGGCGCAGUUUGGUGAUUUUGCUAAUGGGGCUCAUGUGAUAUUUGACAAUUUCUUGUCUUCUGGUGAGGCUAAGUGGCUCCGUCAGACUGGGCUUGUCGUGUUACUUCCUCAUGGUUAUGAUGGCCAAGGCCCUGAGCAUUCAAGUGCCAGAUUGGAACGCUUCCUUCAGAUGGCUGAUGACAAUCCUUAUGUUAUUCCUGAGAUGGAUCCAACUCUUCGGAAACAGAUUCAGGAGUGCAAUUUGCAGAUUGUGAAUGUCACAACUCCUGCUAACUUCUUCCAUGUUUUGCGGAGACAGAUACAUAGAGAAUUCCGCAAACCUCUCAUUGUAAUGUCCCCUAAGAACCUGCUUCGUAGUAAGGCUUGCCGAUCAAAUUUGUCGGAGUUUGAUGAUGUCCAAGGACACCCAGGUUUUGACAAGCAGGGAACCAGAUUUAAGCGCCUCAUAAAGGACCAAAAUGACCACUCAGACCUUGAGGAGGGUAUUAGACGUCUAGUACUUUGUUCUGGAAAGGUUUACUAUGAACUUGAUGAGCACAGAACAAAGGUUGAGGCAAAGGAUGUUGCAAUAUGUAGGGUGGAACAGCUUUGUCCUUUCCCUUAUGACCUUGUCCAAAGAGAGCUUAAACGAUAUCCUAAUGCUGAGGUUGUCUGGUGUCAAGAAGAACCAAUGAACAUGGGUGGAUACACUUAUGUUCUUCCCCGGCUUAUUUCUUCCAUGAAAGCCGUCGGCAGGGGAAGCUACGACGAUGUCAAGUAUGUCGGCCGUGCUCCAUCGGCAGCCACUGCCACUGGUUUCCUGAAGGUUCACCAGAAGGAGCAGGCUGAGAUCGCCGAGAAAGCCCUUCAACGCGAACCGCUCAAUUUCCCAUACUAAAAUGAUGACUUGCAAUGUUAUCCACGUAAAGAGCAAUAGUUGGAAGAUUGCUUUAUAUCUCUUAAUGAUUUGCUUUUUUUUUUCUUCUUUUUUCCCCCUUCCCCUUAGUUGAUAAGAGGUCAUUGCCAUAUAGAACCCACAAAGGCUUCUUGCCUUAAAGUGUUGAUAUUUUUCAAACUUUUUGUUUCCUAUAAUUUGUAAUUUGAAAAUGCAUCUUCAAUAAUUUGUGAUUCCGGUGGCAUUAUUGCUUGGUAGAAUAGCCCCGGGAACUUGGCCAGCAUUCUCUCCUAUAUAUUUUUCUUCUUCA